GUUACCUAUCGUCUGGUUUCUGGCGCGAAAUAUUAUCUCCCAUCUCUAAUUUUACGACCAACCUGAAAAGAUAAACAAUCAAAUUUAAAACAUUAUCUCUAAUUGCAAAAUGACUACACUAAUUGAACAGUUGAUCGCAAAGAUGGGCUUGCGGGAAGAGCCUAAUGUGUUGGAGAAAACCACAGAGUUAGUUCGUUUACUGGAGCUGCGGUCGACAAAUGUGCCACUGCAAAUAAACGAGUAUGGGAAAAUCGUCCUGUGCGCUGAUCUAGCUUCGUGUCUUCUGGGCAUUGGGUUUGACAAGGAGCAGGCAUUAAAGCUGUCUGGCCUGCGGAAGAGCCAUUACCUUAACAACAAACGUAUGUUUGAGAAGCUACUGGAUCUGAAUAAAUUGGUCAGCGUAAACGAUAUAUGUGUGCAGCUAAGCCUCAACGAGGUGACUCGCAAAGCCGAGGAGUUGAUGAAUCUCUUCAAAGGUUUGGUUUCUGCUGAAGACACCGACAUUGACACUGCUCACCCACAAUACGCCGCUAUGGCCGUUUUCCUUGCCUGCCGCCUGCUAAAGAAGAAGGUUUCAAAGCCAAAACUAAUGCCCUUCAGCAACCUGCGCCCAACCCAAUGGCAACAGCUCGAACAGCAGUGGGAGCAAAUGAUAACCAAGCAUUACAAGGAGAACAAAGUGGUCUCCCCAGGUGAUCUGGAUGAAAAGCUUAAACCAAGCCAGCAGGAGAAUCUCACGAACGGGUCGAAGAAGUCCCUGAAGCCCGAGAUCGAAGACUAUGAGAAAUGGAAAUCUAGAAUGCUGGCAAUGGCUCAAGCAAAGCUGAGAGAAAUGGAGGCCUCAAAUGACCAUCCAGUAGAGGUAUAGAGGAAGCAAAUGCCUUCAUCGAUGAGAUUAUACUUCCUAGUGAACUUGUUGUACCCAUUUGAAAACCAGUUGUAUCUGUUAGUAAAGUUAGUUUAUAAUAUAUUUCUUUCAAUUUAGUUUUAAUUAUAGAAAUUAUAAUUUAUAAACAAAAUUGUCAACAGUGUUUAGUACACAUUUUAAAAUUAAGAAAUUUUUGAAAGUU